AUGGGUCCUGAGCUGGACCACGGUGGCGUGAAAGCUGAUACGGUACCUCUUUCUCAUCUUCCGCGCAUAAGAGUAUGCAUCUCUAACGCUUCCCUUCCAGAAGCCAUCUCGCGUGGUGUCGCAGAACUCGUUAGUCAUCAUAUACGGCCCGAUGCGCUCCACCUUCACCAGUCAGACGAGCCCAUUGCGGCCAGUGGGUCUGCUGACAUAGGCGCAUCGUCUUCAAGCUUUUUGCCAGCGGCUUCAUUUUGGAACUGGAACCUGAAGUUUGUCGAGUCCACCUCUACUUUGCACCAUGACUCGUCAUCCGACUCGUCAUCCAACUUGAACCGCCUCACCUGGUGCUGCUCUACCUCAUCUGGCACCUUCGCUGCUCAUGCCGGAGAGCGUCCAGACCAUGCUCAGCUGAUCGACACACCGUUUGUUAUUACCGCGUACUAUCACCCAGACUCGCCACACCUUGCCUACAGGGCUUUGGGCCACGUCCUGGGAGCUGCUAAAGACUGUAUGUCACUUGAUGCCGAUCAGGAUCCAUCAUCGACGCUGUAUCCGCGCCUGUUUUCCAGCUCCACAGCUGGCCUCUCACUCUCACCCGAAGCUGCUUACGCGAAGCUCAACAUCGUUCAAACAGCGGACUAUGAAACCAUCGGUACCAUGAUCGACUGUUCGCGCAACGGUGUGCUCAACGUUCGCUCCACAAAAUACCUGAUCCGCACUCUGGCUCUGCUGGGCUAUAACAUGCUGCAGCUUUAUACCGAAGACACCUACGAAAUUGAUGGCGAACCCUUUUUCGGCUACAUGCGUGGCGGAUACUCUCAAUACGAGCUACGCCAGAUCGAUGACUAUGCGGCACAAUUUGGCAUUGAAGUCAUUCCUUGCAUUCAAACACUCGGCCACUUGGGUCAGAUGCUUCAAUGGCCCAGAUAUCUUGGCUUGCGCGAUACAGCCGAGGUUCUCUUGCCAGAAUGGCCUGAAACGUACGUCAUUCUAGAAAAGAUGAUCAGGGCUGCAACAGCGCCUUUUCGAAGCAAACGCAUCCAUCUUGGCAUGGAUGAGACGCACGGCCUAGGUCAUGGUAGAUACUACUCGAUCUAUGGCCAUCAGAACAACAAAACAGGCAGUCAGAUCUUCGUAGAGCAUCUUGCAAAGGUGACUGCCAUAUGUGAGUCACUCGAGCUCGAGCCGAUGAUCUGGUCCGAUAUGCUGUUCUGUCUUUCUGCUCGCAACAAUUCGCUUGUGGGCUACUACGACUCUGAUCAACCAAUCGAUGGAAAGCAACAAGGGAUCCCUGCCAGCUGCAGCCUUGUCUAUUGGGACUACUAUCACACGUCUGCGACGAGCUACGAGAAACGAAUCAAGAAUCAUGAGGAGUUACGCGGUGCGAGCCCCUGGCUGGCCGCUGGUUCUUGGACCUGGUCGCGCUUCUGGACCGCUUUGCCCUUCACCUUCCAAACGAUUUCUGCCAACCUCAAGGCGGCAAAGAACUCGGCUGGAAUCAAGCAUGUUUUCCUGACCAUCUGGGGAGACGAAGGCAAUGAGGUAGAUCUUUGGUCGUCGCUCCCUGCUUGGUGCUACUACGCCGACCAUGCGUAUACAACAAAGUCAUCUCUCGACCCACAAGCAAGGCCGGCCGAAAGUGGACUGGACGUUUCACUGUUGAAGAGCAAGUUUGACGCGAUCGUGGGCGGUGAUUGGGACGAUUUUGUGCGCGCCUCUGCGAUCGACGAUACAACAAAGUUUGGAUUGGACGUCGCCGAAGACGACAAAAUCCACUUUGCUCCAAACACCAGCAAGUGGAUGUUAUGGAGCGAUCCGGUGCAUAGCUUUGCCGAGACGACACUGGUUGCCUCAAGCUUUGAUGCGGAGCAGCACUAUGCCAAUAUCGCCUCUCAGCUCAGUCAGAGGUUGGAAGGCGUCACAAUGGAAGAAGCACUUCAGAACCGCAACGUUCUUGUGGUAAGGCCGGGUCAGGCGCAAAGUGGUGACAAGAGUCAAACUGCCGGAGGGCUGUUCGGAGCAGCUGCGUCUUUGAUCUCGGGAAUGACAGGCCGAGGUGGGGUGGCUGGAGCGGGAGGAGCAAAGACGGUACGCAUCCUGUCGGAUCAUCCUUUUAAUGCGCGGCUCGAACUAGCGCGACUGGUCGCACAUACACUGUCGCUGAAAGCCAAUUUGCGACAGAGACUGCACCAGGCGUACGCGUCUGGCAACUGGCCGCAGUUGGAGCAGCUCAACCGACGCACAGCGAGGUGUCUGGAUGCGGCAAGAAAGCUGUGGAAGUACCAUCGCGAGUUGUGGAUGUCCAUGUACAAGCCGCACGGCUGGGAGACACUGGAACUGCGGUAUGGAGGUCUGGUCUCACGCCUCGAUACGCUACAUCGACGUGUAGGCGCAUUUCUGGAACACGUGCUCUCGCCCCACAACGACGAGACUGAUGAGAAUGAUGCAGUACAACAGGCGGCCCGAAGAGCUGACGUCUUGCUACCGAAACCAGUCCAUAUAGACGAACAAGAUCUCACAGACAGCUCUCAGCGAUCGUCCGUCGAUCAGGACGCUAGCGACGCCGACCAAGGCCAGGACGACGACUCGAUGCGGCUCGGCACUCGGACAAGCAAACGUGACUGGGGCUGGCAGCACGAGGUGACGAGUCUGCCAGAGCUUGAAAAACCACUGCAUCUGGUGUACAGCAGUGCAGAGCAACUGCUCGACUAUCAUCGUGUGUCUCGCCCGACCUACUGCUGA